CCGUAGGAGUAGUGGGGCGUGGAGAUUCGAACAAGUCAAGGCAAGAGAAGGAGAAGAAUACGGACGAACAAAGACAGCAAACCUACUCAGGAAGGCAGAGCUUGGCAUAUUGCGAAGAAAAUGGACGAAGGAGAGGAUCGACCGAAUUCUCGAGAGGGGGCCAGAUCCCCCCCUCCGGCGCCGGCUGAACGCCAGCAAAGCUACUGGGAAGAUGAAGAUCGAAUCAGGUCUCUGCUACCAAUGUGUUUCGACGACGGAGUUUACCCCAUGAAUCUGGAUCCGAGGGAAAUGACGGUGCAAGGACGAGAAGCGAGUUUCACGCUGAACACAUCGCUCGAUGAAAUCAAGGUUAAAUGGUUAAAGGAACGUACUGUCUCUGUAAUCUUCAAGGAGAAUGCAAGAUUCCUUCCAAAGAAGGUCAAGGAUGACACCAUCAAAGCCUAUGAAGACGGCUGGAUACUAGGUAGCAACAUGUUCCCAAUGGAGACCCGAAGAGGAAGAGUCAAGGUGGAGGGACCAAACGCAUUAUCAUACGUGGCAAAGUCAAGGGAAGUCGCAACAUACAUGAUUGACGAAGGUGGUGCGGAGAUAACAUUGAGGAACGUGACGUACAAAAUCCCGUUCAAACCCUGGAUGACACGUGCAGAGUUCAGAUACCUUCGAAGAGCGGAGGAUGAAAGAACCUUCUGGGUCAUAGCAGUGCAGGUUCCUCUUGACGACAUGCCUUUCAUCUACUCACAAGUAGAGAGAGCGAUCGACACCAUUCUGUAUGCCCACCCACUGGAUGCGGACCCAGAGAGGCCAGCGCUAGUGAACGCAAGGUUCGACCUGGAUCCAGACGCAAGAGGUAACAUGAAGGACAAACUAUGGAUCAACACGUCGACAGGCGACCGACUGGAGGUGAGAUUAGCCAUGGCGACUACGCUCAAGUGUCGAAGAUGCAGGUUCCACGAAGAAGCAGAUUGCAGACGAGGAAAUAGGCACGCAGAAGCGAGAGGGGGAGAUAAUCUUUUCCAGGCAGAUCCAGCAGCUUCGACAACAAAUCAAAACUCACGAGGUGGAAGGACACAAAGCAGGCAACCGUAUCAAGGGACCUCUCGUCCAGACCAUCCAUGAUUCUCCCAACAGGGAAUGGUGGCGCGCAGGGCUUCUCAGCGGCCUUCAACCCCACACUUGCACCAGGAGGAGCAGCCUUCGGGGCAGGGACGAUACCAACAUACAAGGAACCAACAUUUCCCUAUUUUGGAAUGUCGUUCCAAGGUGGUAUAGACCCCUAAGGAAUGGGUUGGGGCAACAUCCCCUGCCCAGGCGGGAUGGGGCAAGUUGGAGGUCGGCUGUCAAGAGGAGUGGGGACUUACUGACACUCGGCCUUCCAGCUGUUCGCACCAGAAAGUAAAUCAAGGUCUGCAGACACC